AUAUUAUCGCACGACAUUUUCAAUCUCUCCCCACUCCCCCCCCCCCCUCAUCAGGUUCCCAUUCCAAAUUUACUCGUGCAGUAUCUACCAUGCGGUAGAAUUAGAGUUAGAGCCAGGAUGCUACCGUAUCAUAAUUGAAGUAUAUAUAACUGGGCUUAGGGUACCCUCCGUCUCCUCUCGUUUCCCUAUGGCGCAGUAAAUUAUAUGGGUCAAUUUUUUCCUUUUUUCUUGCGAUACGACGAGUGCAAUACUGUGUCAGAGAAAGAGAGAGAGAGAUGCUGAAUCGAGCUGUGCCUUUUUGGCUUGCGGGCCUGACAGUUUCAUCUUUGCAAUUGGUCUCCGCUGAUGAGGAGCACCACCACCAUGGUGGCCAUGAGGGCGUUGCUCCGGCUCCUGGCUCGUUAGACACCCUUCCAUACUAUUUUGCGCAUCCCGAUCAUAAGGGGCUGUUAUAUGGCCAUAUAGCUCUUAUGAGCAUCGGCUGGAUCAUUAUCCUGCCCAUAGGUAAGGCCUUCAUAGUCUCGUUAACGAUAAUAAUAAUCAUAAUUUUUUAUUGGAGAUCGAAAUCAAAAUCAAAAAAAUCAUCCUAUUGACACAUGCAAUAGCCGUUGUCCUCGCGAUUGCGGGCUCCAGAUACCACCUCCCAGCCCAAUUGCUUUUCCUCGCAAUCCACGGUUUCGCCGUAUUCCUCUCAAUCCUUUACAACAGCGCUACCCCAGAUCUAUAUCCCAACAACUCACAUCACAAGCUCGGAUGGGCCAUCACCUGGAUAUUAGCUGCACAGUGCAUCCUGGGCGUCUUGGGGAGGACGGUUAGGAUGGCUCGCUGCACCGGGAAUCUUGGUGGUACAAGGGAGCAGACCUCCGGGUUUAUCCCCGUCCCGGCUCAGGAUCCGGAGGAUCAUCACCAUCAUCACAACCGCCACAAUCACAACCAUCAUCAUACAUUUCAGCGCCACUCUACCGAUAGUGGGCAGGGCUCGGAUGAAUAUCAUUCUCGGUCCCCCUCUUCCUCGUCCCUGGAAAAUCUUCGCUAUGGGAACCUCGAGGGCGUGGGUUUGCCCCUGCUAGAGGCGCACGACCGCGAGAAGGCGACCUUGGUGGAGCGCUUGACGAGUACUAGUCGGCUCGAUUCGCUCCUGUCACGAUGGUUGCCGUCUUUGCUCAGGUUCAAGGUUUUGGGAAUAAGCGACGCUUUGUAUUCUCUUAUCGCUAGGUUUUCGGUUGUUUUGGGGUUCGCACAGAUAUCGCUCGGCAUCGUGACUGCGAGUGGGAUAUUCGUCAGUAUUCCGGGCCGAGGCGAACUUCUUACUUUCCGCGAGAAUUGGCUAACGCGGUUAUUUUCCUGUUCAAAUAGAUGGAAAAUCGAGUGUUCAAUGGUCUCGCCCAUUUCAUAAAAGGCGGAAUAUUUUUCCUCUAUGGUGUUUUAACACUUGGGCGGUGGCUUGGUGCUUUCAGUGAGCUUGGAUGGGUAUGAUACUUCCUCACGGCCCGAGGAGCAGCUACCUAAUGUGUUAUUUAUUAGGCCUGGAACGUCAAGCCACCUGAGGAGUAUGGCGGCAAGUGGAGAUCUAGAAUACCCUCAGCUGAGAUGGUCGAAUCUUCCGUAAUAUUUGCCUACGGGGUGUCCAAUGUAUUCCUCGAGCGUCUUGCUGGACGGGGUGGAGCUUGGUCGCACGGGGACUUGGAGCACGUAUCCAUCGCCUUUAUGUUCUUUGGAGCUGGUCUUGUAUGUCUUCAGGUGUCCCGGAAAGCUGUAUUGGGGAUGACUGAUUCGGAAUAGUGCGGUAUGCUUGUGGAAUCGCAAAGGAUAAGAAACGUCUUAAACCAGAGCACCAUUAUUCAAAUCGGUGAAAACAGAAGACCCUACAAUAUUAAAACCCCACGGCAACCAGAUACUGCGGGUCAUAAGGUGUCACUAAACCCUCUCCCGGCGCUUGUGAUAUUCUGCCUCGGGGUAAUGAUGAGCCAGCACCACCAAUCUUCGGCACUGUCGACCAAGAUCCACACUCAAGUAUAUCCAGGCUCAACAGUUACAUGGGUCGCGGCAACUGACGUGUGCACAGUGGGGAACUCUUCUAGCCACGUUUGGCGUGUUCAGGCUUUUCACUUACGUUCUACUAUAUCUAUUGCCCCUAACUUCUUACUAUCCAUCCAGGCCCCCAACUGAGAUAAUCGGGUCAUUUUGCCUCAUGGCGGGCGGCCUUGUGUUUAUGGCGAGUGUAAGUCUACUUCCAGAGGGUUAUGAACCUCGGUUUUGAUUAGCGCGCUGCACGCACUUCCAGUAGUACAAGGCACAAAAAGGGAUUACUGACCGCACCACUCGAUACAGAACAAAGACACAGUUGCAGCACUUGACCGAGCGAAUGGGGACGCAAUGUUCGUCCUCACGGUAAUUAUUGGAUUUACCGUUUUGAUCAUGAGCUGGAUAACGUGUGUGAUGGCAAUAAAGGGAUGGGCGCUUCGGAGAGAGCAGCAGUAGCAGCAGCAGCAGCAGCAACACGCAUGAGCCUACGAUCCACGUACAAGUACCGUACCUGCUUGAGACGCGGGAUUUAUGGAAACGGCGGCGUGCUAGCUCGCUACAAGUAACAUGACUUUUUCUGUGACGGCUUUCUUCUUUUCCACAUGGUUUUACGUUGUUCCGACGCCGCCUCUAAACCGGUUGUGGGUGUUGUUUUGUUUUGUCCCUUCCUCUCCCGUGUGCUGAUUAUUUGCUGGUCGUGCCACUCCUAAGUUGCAGAGCUUUUGCUUGAGUUUCAACUAUCGUAGUAUGGCUUAAUGAUUUCCUGGUGCAGGUGGAUGUACCGGUCUGUAUUUAGCUGAUGUGUGCACGGUGCGGUAUGCUGUGUUCAUGUAUGGACAACCAUUUGUGGUAAACUCGACUGAAAUCGACCAAAGUUACUCCAUCAGAGCAUCACCCUCUCGCACUCUCGGUGUUAUCCAAGAGCUGAAAAUCGCUGGUCUCGAAUGAUAUCUGGCACCUUUGCGCACAAUCGUGCUCCACUGUAGAAGUGCGUGUGGUACCGUGUAUUAGGGCAGGCUAUGGAGCCCAAUCCGGAGAAUCCCAGAUGCUUUUGAGGGUGGGGAAA